AUGCAUGAAGUACCGUCCGCAGUGAUCGAUGGGCCCUUUUCGUCUCUUCUAGGUCAAGGGAAAGGGGCGACUCCGUGGGACCCCUCCUCCUCCUCCUCCUCCUCCUCCUCCUCCUCCUCCUCCUCCUCCUCCGUCGGGUCAAAUGGUCCCAAACACUUCCCUGGAGGACGAUUGGACCACGAUAACAACGAGGGUAACACGACCAGCAGCGGGUUCACCCGGUUCGGCGGCAGUCGUCGACAGACCGACCUACUCACAAGAGCUUCUGAGCCCAGACUGUCCAACAAGAAAAGUGAAGCGACUGCCGCCGAGAGUGCACGGAUGAAACACCAAGCUCAUGCCAAUAGUGCCUCCAGCACUCCAACUAUGGCACUUGAGCCACAAUACCGUGGCCAUCGGUACCAUGUGUAUCGUACCGCACUGAACACACUACUGGCAUCGUCGGGCACGCCCACCUCUCCAUCGCCUCACCGUGUGGACAACGCUCACGGAACCCGCAGCUUCCUGAUGGCCGUGUCUAUCAGCGCCGAGGGGCGACAUCGUUCAUCUGACAACUUCGUCACUGGGUCAGGGCGCGCGGGAGUCGAUUUUAUGUGA